AUGGCUGUUCCAAGGGGGACACCGCUGUUCCUAUCCUGCACAAAACACGACGAAGCAUUUGCGCCAAAUUUUCACGAUCGUUUACAACAAUUCAUUGAUACGAUGCAUGGAUUAGAACCGGCAGGAAAGGAGGGCGUAUUGGUUGCCGGUGAUCCGGAAAAGGAGCAUGUAGCAUUGGUGGAAAAAUGUGGCGGUAUACCGUAUCAUCCGAAUCAAAUCACUCAUGCUGUAAGCAUUUAG